UUUUUUUUCGCUUUCUUCUUUUCUCUAGUAUACUUUCCUUAAGUUUAUUUAUUCGUAAUGCGUACAAUUCGAGGAUUACAGAUAACAUCGAUUGUUGUCUUGUCCCCUGUUUUGUUGAUUAUGUUUUCACUCAUUUCUAUGCUUUUCUCUUCGAUUUAUUCUCACAUUACUGGUUACUUUAUAUCUGUCCAUGAACAGAAGGUGACAAUAAGAAACGCUACGGAUAUUCAGCAGUACAACAGCAUACCACUUUAUCCAAUAAAAAAGAUUCGACUCUUUACUCGUUUACGGCAAUCAUCUUUAUCUUCACUGACUACCAUUGUAAUCUGUUUGUAUGCAAUCUAUGUUAUUUUCAAGAAACGGACUCAUCAACAGCAAACAGAAGAGACAAGCUUGUUGAAUCAACCACGAUCAAAAAAUGCAAAGAAGAAAGCAUCUAAGCGUCGAAAAACAAAAAGACAACAACAAGCAAAACAAAGAACCCGAUCCAACACUGUGUCCUCCCAAGAAGAAAACCUGACUGUAAAUACCAAACAAGAACAAACAAAUGAGAAUAAUAAUAAUAAUAAUGAACGGGUGAAUGUUGUUUCUGAGAAGAAGCAAAAAACGAUUGAAGGAAAGGCUUUUGUAAAUAAUCAUUUUUUCCCUUCUCCUACGUAUUCUUGUGUAUCAACUCCAAUCGAAAAAAAGGUAGAGACUAUUGAUUUGAUAUCACCUGAAACAACACCAAGUCAUAGUGAAGAUGAAGAAGAAGAGGUACAAAAGAAAGAAAGCAAUUGGUAUUCUCCUUUUUCAACUGGUUUAGACUUGGACUUUUUGCCAAGAUUCAAUCUUAUGGACCCUCUCUGUCAAUAUAAAAUUGACUUUAAAUACAAUACCAACAUACCCCCACAGCAUCAUUACUAUCAUUCUCAUCAUCAUUUCUAUCAUCCAUAUUUUCGAAAUCCCUUUCAUUCAUCACAAAACGUCUCUUGUAUUCAAAUGCUCGAAAACCAUCCAUUCAUUUCUUCUGCAGAACCUCACCAACAUCAUCAUAUUUUUGGUCCUAUUGGUGACAGAAAAAAGUAAUAAUAAUAAAAUGUUAUUUCUUUUUACCAUAAAA